GAGUCAGUGCCGUGCAUUACGCUGCACAGCCCGUCUGUUGGUCUGUCUGUCGGCCUGUCUGCUAAUGUGCGAAAAGAGACCAGCUACCCAGCUCUCGGUUCGGUCAUGAGCCUGGGGAUCCGGAGAUGAGGCUCCGAAAUGGCACCUUCCUAACGGUCUUAUUGUUCUGUUUGUGCGGACUGAUCUCCUUGUCCUGGUACACCGCAUUCAGCAAUUCAAAAGGUAAGGUGAUGGUUUUUUUAAUACGCGGUACGGGGCGCGGGGGUGUGUGUGUAUACCCACAGUGUGUGUAUGGUGGAGGGCUGCGAGGCUUGUCUACUGGCCAGCCAGAGGAAAGGAAUGAAGGAGGGUUGCACGACCAGGGCUACAUAGACUCUGCUCUGCUGAGUGAUUCUUUUCUCUGCUCCCGCUCCUGUUCCAACAGAUGGCGGACCAAGCAGAACCUGGACUACUGCUUCCUCAUGAUGUACGCCCAGACCAAAGGAACAUACUAUGUGCAGCUGGAGGAUGACAUCGUGGCCCGGCCCAACUACUUCACCACCAUGAAGAACUUUGCCCUCCAGCAGCCCCUAGAGGACUGGAUGAUCCUGGAGUUCUCCCAGCUGGGCUUCAUCGGUAAGAUGUUCAAGUCGAUAGACCUGUCGCUCAUCGUGGAGUUCAUGUUGAUGUUCUACAAAGACAAGCCCAUCGAUUGGCUGCUGGAUCACAUCAUGUGGGUCAAGGUGUGCAAUCCAGAGAAGGACGCGAAACAUUGUGACAGACAGAAGGCCAACCUGAGGAUUCGGUUCAAACCAUCUCUGUUCCAGCAUGUAGGCACCCAUUCCUCCCUCGCUGGGAAGAUCCAGAAACUCAAGGACAAGGACUUUGGGAAGCAGACCCUCCACAAAGGCCACGCUAACCCACUGGCGGAGGUGACCACCAGCCUGAAGACCUACCAGCACUUCACCCUGGAGAAGGCCUACCUGGGAGAGGACUUCUUCUGGGCCUUCACCCCUGUGGCCGGGGACUUCAUCCGCAUGCGCUUCUUCACCCCCGUCCGCAUCGAGAAAUAUUUCUUUCGGAGUGGGAAUAUUGAACAUCCGGGAGACAAACUCUACAACACGUCGGUGGAGGUGCUGCCAUUUGAUAACAUCCAAGGGGAGAAGGAGGCCUUAAGGGAGGGGACAGAGAAGACUCCAAGGUACCAUAGAACAGAAGACGGCUUCAUCUGUAUCGGAAUGUUCCAGAACGGGAUCGCCGAAGGGGAGGUGGACCCCAGCUUUGGGCCCUUGGAGGCAUUCCGCCUCACGGUGCUGACGGACUCCCCAGUGUGGGUCAUCCUUAGUGAGAUCUUCAUCAGGAAAGCAGAGUGAACUCCUACCGUCGCCAACCCCAGCCGAUCCCCCCCAUCCCCAGCCACCCUUCCGCUAUCCCCUCUUCCUUAGCAAUACCUCAAACAGCCACUGACCGUUCAGCAGCCGAGCAGAACGGAAGCCUUGAGAGGAGCUUGGACCCUCCCGGGACUCCGCCGACCGAGUGCCCUCGCCGGUGGUGCAAUAGCACACCCUGCUGGCUGGUUUUCGGCUCCGCCUCGAUCUAUGAAAAUCUUGGCAGAGGAAGAGGACGAAACGUUAUUAUUAUUGAGAAGGGGCUCUUCUCGUGACGCGCCUGGGAAAUGGAAGACACAGUACACACAAAGAUGAUUCUUAAGACUCUGUAUUUAGUACAAAUCUGUAUUUAUGUGUACAUAAAUUGUGCGUUGAAAACACUGGUUUAAUUGUCAAGCGGCCUGGGAUGAGAUAGCCCCGCCAUUUUUGAUGAUGCUUUAACAUUUGAAGUCACUGCUUGGAAAUCAAAGAUGUUUUUGCAUCUUCACUGUCCUUACUCACCCUUUUCAUUGGGUGGGAAAGAAAGACCUGUCUGGAUCAUUCUACUCGACAUUAUCCCACCAGUAUAUUCAAGUAAUAACCACGUAUUUGGAAAUAUGCAUAUAAAUGGUCACGGUCACCUGAACAAUCUCUCUGAGUGUGUCAAUAUGUAUAUAUAAGGACAAUGAGCUGGGGUGGUAUGGAGGGACAAACUUAGCCGAGAAAGUGCACAAAUGUCUGAAUUUUAAAUAGAAAAAAAUCAAUAACGUACCGCAGUAGACAGGUGUUUGUGAAGCCUUGUUAGAAGUCGUUGGUUGGAUUUCCUCUCGGCCAUGUUUGCCAACAGUGGAUAGGCUGUAGUGAUUUGCCUUAAUGUGACAUAAGGAGGCCCAGUGUGGGUUGGUACCAGAUGUGCAGCGUGCUGUAGAGUGAAGGAGACAGAUGGGGGGAGACAAACAGAACUGAUAAAAGAGUAGAAAGCCUCCGGUUAGCGUCUCUUCCUCCAUCUGUUUCUUGUCAACGAGUAGCAAAUGGAAAAAAUCCAGCCGGAAAUGAUUGAAUCACACAUCUUACCGCGUCAACUGAUGUAGGACAAGUAUUGACUGUAGGGCGAAACGGUGCGCUCCAUCCCAUGUCCUCUUUCUGCUCCCUCCUGACCUCUCCUCUUCCCUCUAUACUCUAAUGUCUCUGCUCUAUUGCUCUCUCUUCUACUGCCCCUUCCUCUACUCUAAUGGUCUCUACUCUAUUGCAAACCUCGCCCCUCUCCUCUCCUCUGCUCUAGUCAUCUCUAUUGUGCUCUGCUCUACUCUAUUCUACCAGAUGGGGUCUACCAAGAUCUCAUUUAUUUGUAUCCGUAUUUCACACAUUUGAGGUGUAUUACUGAAGGGUCUAAGCCUGACCUACACACAAGUCUGAAGAAACAGACGCCCUAUAUUCAAACAGUAUGGGUCGUUUUUUUAUCAAAUGAGAUAUCUCUGAAACUUUUGGUUUAUACUGAGCAGACCAGCAUCGAAACACACAUUUUCAGACCUUGAGUUCCUGAAGGUUUGAAAGGUUUGACGCAACGGUCUGGUGGCUUGUGCUAUCCAUUUGGACGUUACUUUUACUACACAGCAUUAGUGGGUCUAACAGUAUGAAGUAGAAGGACAUGUACGUGGUAGGACUGCGUCUCUCAGAGACGUUGUGUACCAGUGGUCCAUCUCCAUCCACAACUCCACAGACUGUUGGUAUCAGGAACCAUCCACUCACCUUGUUUCUUGGGAGAUGCACUGGAAUGCCUUGCUAUUAUCUUCCUGUGUUGUAUUUUGUAUCCUUUAGAUAAACUAUAAUUGAUUAUGUUAACUUCUAUCCAAUCUGUGAAUUGUAAUAAAGCCAGAGAUUUAAAAUGAUAUGGUUUAUCUUUUUAUG